UUACGCUCGGGGAAGGCAAGAGUGCAGGUGCAGUUCACGUUUACCGCCUGCGCGCUGCACGCCGGUGCUGAUAGGCUGCGGAUCUACACCUUAACCUUCACCAGUGCAGUCGUGCGCGUGCAGUCAUGUGCAAAUGCACUUGAUACACGGCGCGACUGGGUCUGCCCGGCACGGCGUGUUGACUUUGACCUUGUUAGCGAGUGCUCAGCAGGUCUCGGAAUUGUUAAUCUACUCAUCGACAAUGAAGCGGAGAAGGAUUACCUUUACGAUGUGCUGCGGAUGUACCACCAAUCUAUGAAUCUCCCAGUGCUUGUGGGGGACCUAAAACUCGUGAUUAACGAACCAAGCAGAUUGCCUCUAUUUGAUGCUAUCCGCCCACUUAUCCCAUUAAAACACCAGGUGGAAUAUGAUCAGCUUACACCCAAAAGAUCACGAAAGCUGAAAGAGGUGAGAUUGGAUCGUUUACAUCCUGAAGGCCUUGGAAUAAGUGUGAGAGGUGGAGUGGAAUUCAAUUGUGGCCUCUUCAUCUCUCAGUUAGUUAAAGGAGGACAGGCAGACACUGUUGGACUUCAGGUUGGAGACGAAAUAGUUCGUAUAAAUGGAUAUUCCAUUUCAUCUUGCACACAUGAAGAAGUCAUAAACCUCAUUCGUACAAAGAAAAUAGUGUCCAUAAAAGUAAGACAUAUUGGCAUGAUACCUGUCAAAAGUUCAGCAGAUGAACCCCUUAAAUGGCAAUAUGUGGACCAGUUUGUGUCAGACUCUGGGGGCAGUGUUGCUGGUCUUGCUUCUACUGGAGGGAAGCAGAAUAAAGAGAAGAAAGUCUUCAUUAGCUUGAUUGGUACAAAAGGCAUGGGAUGCAGUAUUUCCAGUGGUCCAACCCAAAAACCAGGCAUUUUUAUCAGCAAUGUUAAGCCAGGUUCUCUAUCAGCAGAGGUGGGCUUGGAGGUCGGUGAUCAGAUUGUUGAGGUAAAUGGAGUGGACUUUUCUAAUGUGGAUCAUAAAGAGGCUGUCAGAGUGCUCAAAAGUAGUCGUACUUUGACUAUCUCUGUGGUAGCAGGCGCUGGAAAAGAGCUGUUCAUGACUGAAGAAGAAAGGCAGAGAGAAGCACGUCUCCGUGAGCAAGAACGUCAGGAGUUAAUGCAUCAGAAGCGACUUGCGCUGGAGACUAACAAGAUCAUCAAAGAACAGCAAGAGAAAGAGAGAUUAAGAAAACUGGAGAUUUCCCAGAAGGCUGCAGAGGAAGAAGAGAGAUAUCGCAGAGAAAUAGAGCAGAUAACAGCAGAGGAAGAGAAAUUUAAAAAGGAGUGGGAAGAAGACUGGCGUCCUAAAGAACCUCCCAAAUCUCUCAAAACCGUAACUGCCGAGGUGCACUCUGCCCCUCGUUCCAAACACAAAACUUUUGGAUGGUUUUAUCGGUAUGAAGGAAAAUUUCCCACAAUCCGCAAGAAAGGGAAGGAGCGAAAGAAGUCAAAAAGUGACAGUCUGUGUGAACAGAAGAAGAAUAAAAAGGAAAUGGAGUUUGAGCAAAGACUUGCCAAAGAGAAAGAAGGGAUGUUGGAGAAAGAAAAACAACUGAAAAUAAAUCGUCUCGUGCAAGAGGUAUCCGAGACAGAACGAGAAGACCUGGAAGAAUCAGAAAAGGUGCAGCACUGGGUGGAAAGACUUUGUCAGACACGGUUAGAACAGAUUUCCUCUGUGGAGAACGAGUCUCCUGAG